UUAAUCGAACCAAAAAGCAAAAAAAAGAAGAAAUUCAAGAUUAAAUCAUCCAGAAAAGUUUAAUCCAAAUAAUUGAUAUUUUGAAUUUUGAAACUUGAUGCAUUAAUUUUUGACCCGUACUAUAUGUACGGGCAAUUUUGACACGCGAUCUUUUAUUUCGUGCAUGCAUUUUUUUUGUUUUAUUCUUCACACAUAAUGAUGUUCUUUUUUCCGCUGUUGUUUCGGUGUGUGUGUGAUGUGAUUUGAUUGAUGCCGAAAUAAAUUGUCUUUAUUUGAAAAAAUAAUUAUUUAUUGAAUUAAAGAAAGAAAAAAAGAAUUUUUGAUUUUAAAAAUUUAAAAAUAAUCACCGUAAAUUCAUUUUUUUAAAACACUGUUUAUUUUUUGGUUUGGUUUGAAUGAGACAUUAUUAAAUUAUCAAACACAAUCAUGGCCGAAGGUGAUCUCAUGCAAACUGAUGAAGGUAAAAAAUUUCAAUCCAAUGGUAUUGAAUUGGAUGAACAACAACAACAACAACAACAACAACAGCAACAAGAACAGCAACAAUCGACACAAGAAUCAUCAUUAUUGGUUGAAGAAGAACCUGAACCAGAUUUUGAUGAUCCAGAAGAUUUUAUCGAUGAUAUUGAUGAUGAAGAGUUAAUUGGCGAUAUUCUUAAGAAUCGACCUAAACAAGAUUUUGGUCUAAAAAGUGUUAUCAUUGUUGAUGGUAUACCAAAAGUAUCACCAGAUCGUUUUGAAAAACUUCGUAAUGUUUUGAUGCGUAUGUUUUCCAAAUGUGGUACGAUAUUGAAAGAUCAUUUUCCAUUAGAUGAAAAUGAAAUGACAAAAGGUUAUGUAUUUUUUGAAUUUGAAAAUUCCGAACAAGCACAAGAAGCUGUCAAAACAUAUAAUCAUCAUAAAUUGGAUAAAAAUCACAUGUUUUUCGUUAAUAUGAUACAAGAUAUUGAUAAAUAUCUAGAAAUUUCCGAUGAUUUUGAAGAACCGGAAAAGAAACCAUAUGAAGAUCGUGGUAAUCUACGUGAAUGGUUACUUGAACCAGAUUGUUAUGAUCAAUUUUCGGUUGUUUAUGAUGGUGGUGAUACAACGGCUAUCUAUUUGAAUUCAAAUCCUGAACCAACAUUAAUACAGAAACGACCAUAUUGGACUGAACAAUCGGUACAUUGGUCACCAUUGGGUACAUAUAUGGCCACAUUUCAUAAACAAGGUAUCGCUUUAUGGGGUGGACCUAAUUUCGAACGUUUAUUUAAAUUCGCUCAUGAAGGCGUCAUAUUCAUCGAUUUUUCUCCAUGCGAACGUUUCCUUGUCACUUUAUCGCAGCCAUUAAUGUUGACGAAUCAAGAGAAUGCCAUUAUCAUAUGGGAUAUUCGUAUGCAAACAAUCAAACGAACAUUCUAUGCUGAAAAUGUUCAAAGUAUUGCCUGGCCAAUAUUCAAAUGGUCACAUGAUGAUAAAUAUUUUGGCCGAAUUCAUAAUGAUUCGCUUUGCAUUUAUGAAACAGAAUCUUUUCUUUUAUUGGAUAAAAAAUCAUUGAAAAUGCCAGGUAUUAAGAAUUUUGUAUGGAGUCCAUCGGAAAAUACAUUAGCCUAUUGGGUUGCUGAAGAACAAAAUGUACCGGCACGUGUAUCAUUGAUUGAAAUACCAUCGAAAAAUGAAGUUCGUUCAAAGAAUAUAUUCAAUGUUGCCGAUUGUAAAAUGCAAUGGCAAAAUAAUGGCGAUUAUCUUUGUGUUAAAGUUGAUCGUUAUACUAAGGCAAAAAAAGAACGUAACGAAGCCAAUAAAUACACUGGACUUAAUUAUUCAUUCGAUCUGUAUCAUAUACGUGAAAAACAAAUCCCUAUCGAUUCGAUCGAAAUUAAAGAACCGAUCGUUAAUUUUAGCUGGGAACCACAUGGUUCAAAAUUGGCAAUCGUUCAUGGUGAUUCACCUUCCUAUACUAUUUCAUUCUAUGGAAUUGGACAAGGAACUACAGUCACAUUGUUAAAAAAAUUCGAGAAAAAAUUAUGCAAUAGUUUGUUCUGGUCGCCAACCGGACAGUUCAUUCUAUUGGCAUCACUUCGUAGUGCCAAUUAUACAUUGGAAUUUGUCGAUACUUCGGAUUUUUCUCGUACCAACACACAGGAACAUUUCAAAUUAAGUGACGUUGAAUGGGAUCCAACUGGUCGUUUUGUUGUCACCAGUGUUAGCUAUUGGACCAAUAAGAGCGAUAAUGCCUAUUGGGUUUGGUCAUUUCAAGGUCGUCUUAUUCGUAAACAAAUAUUGGAACGUUUAUGUCAAUUUUCAUGGCGUCCAAGACCACCAACAUUGUUGAGCGAAGAAAAAAUCAAAGAAAUCCGAAAGAAUCUAAAGAAAUAUGCUGAUGAAUUUGAUGCCAAAGAUCGUAUGGCUCAUUCAAAAUUAUCGAAAGAAAUGAUCGAUAAACGACAACAACAAUUACGUGAAUAUAAAGAAAUAUGUGAACGUAAUCGACAGAUUAUCGAAAGCCAUCAAGAAGAAUUGAUGCAAUUACGUAAUCUAACCGAAGAACAAACCCAGCAAGAAUAUUAUGAAGAGGAAUAUGAAUUCCUUGUCAAAGAGGAAACUGUCGAACUGGAUUGAUUAACAUUACUAAUAUAAUAAUCUAAUCCUUGAUUCUUUCCUCAAUAGUAUCAUCAUCUACAUAUAAAU